GGAGGAGGAGGAGGAGGAGGAAGAGGAGGAGGAGGAGGAGGAGGAAGGGGUGGAGGGAGGGAGGGAGGGAGGGAGGGAGGGAGGGAGAGAGAGAGAGAGAGAGAGAGAGAGAGAGUUGACCAGGUAAACAUAGCAUCACAGCACACUAACUCUUUACCAAGGAAUAUGUGA